AUGUCCGGCGAAAUGCACAACGAUUCAGCCUCAUCGUCAAGGGCUACCGCGGCGGCCUCUGAUCAGCGCCAGCAGCAGCCGCCGCAGGCCCCUCUGAGCCGCUACGAAUCACAGAAGCGGCGAGACUGGAACACCUUCGGACAGUACCUGAAGAACCAGACACCCCCAGUUUCGCUUUCCCAGUGCAACUUCAACCACGUGCUCGAGUUCCUUCGCUACCUGGACCAAUUCGGAAAAACCAAGGUCCACCUCCACGGUUGCAUCUUCUUCGGGCAGCCCGAUCCUCCGGCGCCAUGCACCUGUCCUCUCAGACAGGCUUGGGGGAGUCUCGAUGCGCUCAUCGGCCGGCUUCGGGCUGCCUACGAGGAGCACGGAGGCUCCCCGGAGACUAAUCCCUUUGGAAGCGGAGCUAUUCGCGUGUACCUUCGUGAGGUCAAGGAGUGUCAAGCGAAGGCAAGAGGGAUCCCUUACACCAAGAAAAAGAAGAAGAAGAACCAACUUAAGGGCCCUCAUCAUGAGCCUCCAAAGUCCUUCAAGCAAUUGGCCACUUGA